ACAGACAGACAGACAGACAGACAGACAGAUAGAUAGAUAGAUAGAUAGAUAGAUAGAUAGAUAGAUAGAUAGACUAUUUAAAAAUGCUGCCGACGCCAAGAAUGACUCAAUAUACUGUCUAGGUAGGCAGCUCGAUGAGUUCUGAGACGCCGCCCGUGUCUCCUAUGUGCAUGGACGACAGCCUGGGCUAACAGGAUCCGAGAGGGUUUGUCAUUAAUUCGUCAUCUGUCGAAAACCAGCACUAACUCUAUGGUCCAAUUCCUGGCUUUUUUCGGAAUUGCCAGGCAUGCGGAUCCGGCUGCAGGGCUCUGGCCAUGCGGCCUAUCUCCUUUCUGAGCUCAACCGCUGCCGCCUGUCUCGCCUCCUGUGCGACGUUGUCCUUCAGGUUGGUGGGCGAUCCUUCCCCGCUCAUCGUGCAGUGCUGGUGUGCGCUUGCACUCACUUUAAGAGCCUCUUCUCCAGAGGUCCCCACAUCCAGGAUGGCAUUCCCACCACCUUCUCUUUGGACUUUGUCUCUUCCACCAAUUUUGAGAAGGUUUUGACGUUCAUCUACACUGGUGAAAUUUUUACAGACUUGAUAGAUGUGGGUGUACUGUAUGAGCUGGCAGAAAGGCUCGGAGUAAGGGAGCUGGUAAGUGCUUGCCAUUCCACCUUCCCUGACCUCCAGAGCUCGAGCUCAAGCUCUGGAGACCCGGUGGCCAAUGGCGACAUGGAGAGUGAAAUGGUGUCCACCAAUGCUGUGGCUACAUCUGUUUGCUCGUCCUCGGUGGCAUCUUGCUCCACACUGUCUUCUUUGGCCACUCCCACACCCGUCACAACUUCUCUUGUUUCUCUAGGCCAUAAUGGCAGGUUGAAUUGGGCCCACUUGGCCACACUUUCCCUCUCCCAGUCCCCUAAAAAUGAGGACUUGCAAGUACAUUUGGGGUACAGCCAGGCGGUGACCAACAAGCCAAGCCCCUCGGACAGUAACCGUUCCACUGAGGUCCUUCCUGGUCUCGCUUUGCAGCUCAAGAUCGAGCAGGAAGACGAUGGAGGAAACAGCUCAGUGGAUCAGGCUGCUGUUAAUGGUUGCAAGUCAACGUUAGGACUUCAGUGUAGUCAGGAUGCGGGUUCCGUUCCAGACUCUUCAGCCCAGCUUGGAGGGGAAACAUGUGAUCCUUCGUCAUCCUCCAGUGACCCCUUGGACAAUUUGCAACUAAGGGCCAUUUCAGGAGCUGUUGAAGCAGUCAAAGAUUCAGAUUGUUUUGAGGACGAAGUUGCUAACAAGAGGCACCACCUACAGGAAGAACAUCCAGAAGCUGGCGAUGAGUGGAGAGCACUUUCAGACGACAUCAUUGAGCUGAGCGAUGAGGAGGAGCACCUCAUUGUGGAAGAAGAGGAUGAUGAAGACUUGAUGUGUAUUGAGAAUGGUGAAAAUGGAGUAUCUCUUGGCCAGCCGUGCAAAGCUUGUGGAAUGCUGCUUCCCGCUGAAAACAGCAUCAUCCGGAUUCAUGCGGAAACGCAUCUCUCGGAAAAGGGUUCCUGUCAGGUGUGUGGCACUUCCUUUUCUGACCACGCUGCUGGUGUCACGCAUGCCCUCACACAUGUGGGAAUCUUGCUCUUCUCCUGUGAUGUUUGUGAGCAGCAGUUUCGGAGCGAGUCUGCACUGAUUCACCAUCGACGUCAAUCAGUAGCAAAAUGCAUCCCUCAAAAUCCUGAACAAAUCAAUGGUGCCACCCAACAACAAGGAGGGGAACUGCAGUGUACUGUUUGUGAGAAAUCUAUGGCAAAUGAUUUCAAGGCUGUCAGGGACCACAUUCUGAGCCACGCAUGCUUGAGGACAUUACGCUGUGGAGUAUGCCAGCUGUUCCAGCCCUCUCGAUGUGCCCUCCUGUGGCACACUCUGACACACCUCUUUCCUAUUUACACAUGUCCAAAAUGUGCCAGCCCCUUCCUGGAAAGUGUGCUGCUAGAAAGACACCUGGCUCUUCAUGUAGAGGAAGAAGGGCUGUCAAAACAGGACCAGGGCAGUCCAGAGACAAGCGGCGAAGCACAGGGCGAACUGCGCUGCUUCCUGUGUCCACAGACCUUCCGCUCUGAAGCUGAUUUUCAUAACCAUCUCAGCGUGCACUCUAAUGAGGUACAGGGCAACCAGUUAUGGCCAGCCAAGCGCAAGGCAGACCAGCUCCUCGAGUAUUCCUCAUCUUCUUCCUUCCCGCUGGAUGCUCAUGGCUCGUGUAAAGCAGGAAACGCAGGUUUCAACUUGAGCCUGGGUUUAAGACUCCAGGACAAAAUGGUUCAUGGUGGGCUUUCAUUUCCUGCUGGACUCAUAAUGAAUGGUAGCUCUUCUGGAGCCACUUCCACCGGUGCAAGCCUCAAGCAAAAAUGGUAUCGCUGCCGGUACUGUGGCAAGCACUUUGCACAUUCGGGCGAGUUCACCUACCACCUCCGCAUCCACACUGGUGAGAAGCCCUACCAGUGCAAAAUAUGUUUGCGCUUUUUCCGUGGCCGUUCCACUAUGAUCUGCCACUUGAAGACGCACUCGGGUGCCCUCAUGUACCGGUGUUCUGUCUGUGGACUGUUCUUCUCCACACUCAAGAUGGUCUCCUCACACAUGGAGCUCCAUAAAGACCAGCUGCCACCUAAUUUUAACAUAGAGGAGACCUUCAUGUAUAAUGACCACUCCAAAGAACCCAUCCCAAACCUGGAGACCUGAACAUCAAGCUCUAAAUGUUCCGUUACACUGUGUGCACAGGUUUACUUGCUCAGUAUCAGCCACUGUUGUUAAAGGGAUAGUUCACUUAAAAAUUCACUUGCAUUGUAUGGAUCAACAGAACUGAAAAACGUAUUUGUUUGUGAAAGCAGUCAUACACAUCUGGGUUGGUGUGAGUAAAUGAUAUGAAUUUUCAUUUUUGAGUGAACUCCCUUAAAAGAAAGAUGGUGGUAGACUUCGAAUGUUACUAUGUGUUUUAUGUGAUUAGCUUUGUGACAUUGUGUACUGAGAAGAGAGAUACAUUUUUUAAAGACCGAACGAAAGGUACAAUUUUUAUUUAAAAAAUGUAGUGUUGUUACUUGACCACUUGAUGGCAAGAGAGCAAUGAUACAUUACCAGUCAAAAGUUUGGAUGCACCUGCUUAUUCCUUUCUAUUACUGUUUUCCCAAUUUUAGACUAAUUGUAAAAUCAUUAUUAAAAGUAUAAAAUUACACAAAUGGAAGUAUGGGAAUUAUGAAGUGACCAAAAAAAGGUAAACAUAUCAAAACUGUAUUAGAUUUUAGCUUCUUCAAAGCUCUGCACAAUCUAGGCAUUUUCUCAACCAAAAGUUGAGAAACAUGACCAAAUCCUUCAAAUGCAAUAGCUGUCUGCUUUCUUCUUUAAAAAACAAAUUCUCAAUCCAUUCUUUUGCCACUGUCUCUCCCCUACCAAUUUGCAACUUUGUAUGACAGCACUUCUCAUAUUACUUCCCUCUUAGGAUGAAUCGCUUCUGUUGUAUUCCUCAUUUGAAUGAAAGCGUCUGCUAAAUGAAUAAACGUAAAUGUAAAUUCAUGAGCUUUCCUCCUAGGAUGCUUUUUAAACAGUUUUGAAGAAGUUCUCACGUAUGCUGGACAUUUAUAGGAUGCUUUCCUUCACUUUGUGGUCCUCAUCCAUUUCAAAAAUGUAUUUAUUUUAUAACAAUUUUAGUUUUUUUAGGAAUUCCAGUGUUGGCGCAAUUUAUAUUUGUCUACAAAACUAAUAUCAAGCAUAUAAACAUAAUAUUGUAGCUCAAAAGAUCUAAGAUCAUGAGAAACAUGGAUUUGAUUUAAGCGUGUCCAAACGUUUGACUAUGUUAUGUAUGGGAUGUUGUGGCAAGUGCUGAUCUGUGGUUAUACCUCUAUAUACUCUUCAGGCAACUAUCGUAAUAAGCUAAAUGUCUCUGGUUAUUCUGAAGAAUAACUUGGUCAAGGAUAUAACAAAUGGUCCUUUUUUAAAAAAAGAUAUUAAAGUGAAUUUUCUUUUUCAAAAUAGAUGUUAUUUUUAUAGUAGUGUUGUGUACCACUUGACAUAGACUAAAUUAGAAAUAGUUACUGUUUUAUGAGAGAUCAUAUUGUUUGUAUAAUGGAACCACAAAAUGCUGCUGCUAUUGUCUGUUAUUGUUCCUUUGGAAAAUGACAAAAAAAGGACGGAAUUAAGACUGAGGUGCUAAUGUAUCAGUCAGUUUAAAUGGAACUUCUUUGCUCGUGUCAUAUCUUUUUCUUGAGUAUUGCGAAGCAAUGAAAGCUUAAAAUGUUUGAAGAAAGUCUCUGUUCUAAAAUCUUCUGUGCCAUUUUCUCCGGAGUUUUAUUUGUUUCUAUUCUUGUGUCUAUUUGUGUCUAUUUGUAUGGUACAACUGUACAUUUUUUACAUUUAUUUUACGUAAUUUCUUGUUCAGUUAAAAUCAGUUUGAUGUUUUUGUUUGAUCUGUCCAUUAAUAUGUAAGUAUAUAUUCAUUUAGUUAUUGUUAAUUUAACCGAGCUAGCUGUGUGGCAUUUGUUGUUGUGUAGCUUUAUUUGCCAUUUAGCUCAGAAAACACAGACUAAACUCAACAUGACCUGAUUUUAUCAACUUAUGGACAAAUUUUAUUUUUUGUAAAACAAAAACUUCAGUGCUUUGCCAGGGUUUUUCUAAGCAUGUAACAGAUCUUGAGUCUCUCAUUUGUGUUAAAUAUGUAAUAGGAAAUGCCUUUUUCAUAAUACAUUUUA